AUGCGGGUCCCAUUUAGCAGCAAGCGGGAUCACCAGUUUGAGGCCACGGCACGGGAUCGACAUAAAAAGGAUUUGCAUUAUUCAACGCAACAAAAAUUUGCAGGUGGCGAUGGAGGGACAGGUGGUAAUGUCAUUCUUGAGUGCUCAAGGUCUGUCUGGGAUUUCAGUAACUUGCAACAUCACACGAAAGCAACCCGAGGAGGCAAUGGACUUUCUAAGAAACAGAUAGGGACAAGAGGUCCUGACAAGGUCGCACAAGUACCAAUUGGCACAGUGAUUCAUCUAGUCCGAGGGGAACCACCUUCUUUCAGUGUAAAUGCACCUACCAGAUCUCUAGAUCCCUGGGAUAUCACAGAUGCUGCAGAAGACUCUGCAGACAGUUCCAAUCAGAAUAACAACAAGGAUAUCAUUUAUGGAAAUGAAGCUGAAAGAGGAAUUAACAAUCAGUGGGAGAAGCAAACAUACACUAGUUCAUGCUCCAAGACUGGGUUUUCGAAUGCGGAAGAUUGUAAUGCAAGUAACACUCAAUAUCAGGUUGAGAUGGAUGAAAAGGAUCAGUCUGAUGAGGACGAUGGAGAAUUUUGGGAGGAUGAAGAUGAGACCGAGGAAGAGGAUGAAGAUGCAGAUGCAGAUGAGGCUAGGGAAGAAGAAGAUGACAUACAGUAUUCUGUUGCUGAAAUGACAAGAGCUGGGCAGCGGUUGAUUAUAGCACGAGGAGGGGAGGGUGGGCUAGGGAAUGCUUCUAUUGGCAACGAUGUGCGCCUAUCCAAAGAAGAUAGACAACAGAAGAUAUUCCGUUUGAGUGCUGGAGAACCAGGGACAGAGACCUUUCUUGUAUUGGAGCUGAAGAGCAUUGCUGAUGUUGGCCUUGUUGGGUUGCCUAAUGCCGGAAAGAGCACAUUGCUGAGUGCUCUCUCUAAAGCUCGCCCGGAGAUCGCUGACUACGCAUUCACCACACUGAGGCCCAAUAUUGGUAGCCUAACCUACGAUGACUACUUCUCAGUGAAAGUGGCUGACAUACCUGGUCUUAUCAAAGGUGCCCAUGAGAACCGGGGCCUGGGCCAUGCCUUCUUGAGGCACAUUGAGCGCACCAAAGUUCUGUCCUAUGUGCUUGACCUGGCAGCAACACUCAACGGCGGGAAGGGUAUCCCACCAUGGGAGCAGCUGCAUGAUCUGGUCGUGGAACUAGAGCAUUACCAAGAAGGCUUGACCAAGCGCCCAUCGUUGAUAGUCGCAAACAAAAUAGAUGAAGAGGGAGCGGAUGCAAUGUAUGAAGAACUGAAGAGGAGAGUGCAGGGUGUUCCGAUAUUUCCAGUGUGUGCCAUCUUGCAAGACGGUGUACCUGAUCUGAGAGUUGGCCUCCGGGACCUUAUGGAUGCCUCAGCCCCGCAGGGCGUUGAUUUGAGCAAAAUCAUUGUAGACUAAAAGGCUGUUUUUUCCUUGAGAUAUUGACACGGUGGAAUUGUUCUCCAAAAAAUCCGCCCUAUGUUGCCAAAUUGGCUAUCAAUUUUCUUUAUAUGUGCUGUGUAGCCAUGUAGAGCGCAGAAUAGAUCAUCCAGUUUUUUCACGAAAUCA